CUGUGUUUGGGCUCCCUGCUUGUGUGAAUGCUUUCGAUCAACAGAAACACCCAAAAUUAUAAUUGUAGAUGCCUGCGUACACAAAUACACGAGUACGAAACGAGAUAACCAACAAUGAAUCAACAUCAUCAUUCAUGAUAAAGAAGAUCAUUUCACAGAAUCAUUUAACUGAGCCUCGUCCUCGUCGUAAACCCGGUUAAAUAACAUCACAUCCAAAGUACGAGUACUAACGUAAAAUACGGUUGUGCUAUUAAAUAUUUACGAUUUUCCUUUAAAACAAAAAAACGUCGAUAGUACUCGUAAUUUGAAUAAUUGCAUUUACAUCUUCAAUCCAGAUCGACUACUCUCCAGAAAAAAAGAUGAGUCAGAUUAACGAAGACACACUUCUUUCCAUAUUGGCUUCUAAACAUCACGACUAUAUUUCCUCGAUUCGUAUACUCGACUGGCACAUCAACGACAAAAUAGUAAAAGAAGGCACCAACUAUUCAACCCAAGUAUCCAGACUAACCAUUCGCUACCACCCUCAAAGCGAACAUGAUGCCAAUAUUCCACCCCGAGAAGAGACCUUCUUCCUCAAAGUACCAUCCAACUCAGUUUUUUAUGAUCUCAUCAAACAAUGGGGCAGCUACGAUAACGAAGUCGCCAUAUACACCAAAGUCCUCCCUGCAAUGUACACCAUCGAAAAUGACGACCAUAAAGGCAACUGCAGUUUCACAUCGAAACACUACUUCUCAGACGAUAGAAUGUCUCUAGUGCUCGAAGAUCUAUCCCAGUCCGGAUACAGAUGCGCUGAUCGACUGGAUCAGCUCGACAUCGAGCACUGUUUUUACGCCCUCCGAUGCCUUGCCAAAUUCCACGCACUAUCCGUCAAACUGGAGACAACCGUCGGUCUACCAGAAUUAGUAAAACGUGACGCUUUCAUGAGCCCCGACGGUAUGUCUGAUCCGAGCAUCACAGCUUUCCAGUCGCAUAUUCCCAUGUACCUCGAUAGUCUUCCGCAAAAUCUCAAAGAUCGAUACCCGAAUAUGGUGGAGUAUUUUCAAACGUUAACAUCUGCUGAAAAUUUAACCCUUACGGCUAAUCGAUUGACCACUAGUAAGUUCAACGUUUUAUGUCACGGUGAUUUUUGGACCAAUAACAUCAUGUUCGAGUAUGACAAAUACGAUACGAUUCGAGAAGUCAAAUUGAUCGAUUUUCAACUCACCAGUUGGUCGAAUCCGGCCAAAGAUUUGAUCUAUUUUAUCAUCACCAGCGUCAAGUUCGAAUUGUACUUGAAAUAUUUUCCUCUUUUGCUGAGAAUCUAUUUGGAUACCUUGAACAGAGUACUCAGUCGACUAGAGUGUCCAACUUAUCAUAUGAACCAGCUUCUCGACGAUUUAGAUACCAUGUAUCCGCUUGCGCCACUAAUAUUAUGCACUGCGUUGCCUUUGAUUACAUCUGAUCCUGACGAUCCGAUCGAUACCAAAGAAAUGAGCAAAGAUGACAAAUACGAAAGCAAAAGUAUGGCUAAGGCGUUUAAACACAAACGCUUUCGGGAGAUUUCAGCCAUGUGGUUUGAGCAUCUGGCUCAAAAAGGUACCAUGCGUAUUGAUGAAUAAGUAGCACAGUCUGGGUAAUAACAUCAAGCAUCAAGAACAUGUUAAAAGCAGAAUAAUGGCAAUGCAGCUCACAAUCGAUGAAAGAAAAUGUUCGGUUUCAAAUUUUAGAUUAGCUGAUCAAAUGGAAUUGAACAUGUACAUUAAAACGAUCAAACUGUA